AUGAUUGAACGCCACGUCAAUUCGCACGAGCUCGUGUGCGUGCUUCUGGAUCCGCGUGUCGCCGGCGCCGGUCUUUCAGUCGCUGGCAAGCGGCGCGUGAAAUCCUUAGUUGUCCAACUAGCGGAACGCGUGUUUCCAAGCGCAGGAUACGGCAGUGGUGCUGUUCGCUCUCAGCUGUUGAACGAAUUGGGCGAUUACGCAGAGAGAACGGGAGUCUUUUCCGACGUCGUCGCGUGGGAAAUGACUGUCGGUCGGCCCUCGACGCUGUUCUGGAACGACUUUGUCGAGGAUGCGCCGCACUUGACUCGCGUAGCCCGUGCCGUCAUUUCGAUCUCACCGUUCGCACAGACAGCCACCGAGUCGUUCACCGCUCCGCUUCCGCAAGAACAGUGUUCGUAUGACCAGACGUUCGCAGUGCAGCAAUUGAAAGCUCUGACUCGCACCCGUCGAUUAACGCAAAGCACAAGUGGCUUCAAGCAGUACAUCUCGCUGUUGUUCCCUCCAUCUCCGUUGCCACAAGGCAGCGUGUCGGACAGUAUGCUGUCGCGUGAAGUGGCCAACGCUCUUCGAGGGAACAACACGCUGCGAUGGUCCGCACGUGACGAGACCAGAGCCGAAGCCAUCGUCGUGCAUCAACUGCGUCAAAUACUGCAAGCAGGAGGCGACGACAACGACAAUACUCAGAGCAGCAAACAAUCCGUCAACGACCUCAACGUCUUGGAAAACACUCUCAAGAAGUUUGUACAACGUCCCGCCGCCGCCGCUAUCGUCAAUUAG